AUGGCUAACCUGCAAGUCUCAGAUCACGGCCAGGGGGGUGCCCAGGGGAUCGAGGACGGGCUGGUGCUGGGCAUCGCCAUGCUCGGCGCGCAGUCACGGUCAGACGUGCAGGGGCGGUUCGGCGCGUACCAAGAGGUGCGCCGGUGCCGGGCCAGCGUGAUCCAGGUGCUGAGCAACGUCGGGCAGGACCAGGCGCGGCAGCUGAAGCACGAGGUGCUGCCGUAUCUCGAGGAAGAUGAGAUUCCUACCAACCCGGCGCAGAUCCAGCAGUUCAAUUUCGGCUACGACGCGGUGGAGGCGGCGGUCGGGGCGAUGAGGCGCCGGGAUGCCGGCUUUGCGCUACCGGGCGACUUUUUCAACUGCCCGGUCGUCGGGGUGCCGCCGAGGAAGACACCGCCGGCGGUGGUUGGCCGGGGCGUGUCGCACUGCGGAGGCGAGAUGGUGGCUGCUGGUCGGGCGGCUGUGGAGAUUUCGUAG